AUGCCGGCGGGGCACGGGCUGCGGUCGCGGACGCGCGACCUGUUCGCGCGGCCCUUCCGUAAGAAGGGGUACAUCCCGCUCACCACCUACCUGCGCACCUACAAGGUCGGGGAGCACGUCGACGUCAAGGUGAACGGCGCCGUCCACAAGGGCAUGCCGCACAAGUUCUACCACGGCCGCACCGGCCGCGUCUGGAACGUCACCAAGCGCGCCAUCGGCGUCGAGAUCAACAAGCAGGUCGGCAACAGGAUCAUCAAGAAGAGGAUCCAUGUGCGUGUGGAGCACGUGCAGCCAUCCAGGUGCAACGAGGAGUUCCUCCAGAGGAAACUCAACAAUGACAAGCUGAAGGCGGAGGCCAAGGCGCGUGGCGAGGUCAUCAGCACGAAGAGGCAGCCAGCAGGGCCCAAGCCUGGGUUCAUGGUGGAGGGCACCACCAUCGAGACGGUCACCCCCAUCCCGUACGACGUCGUCAACGAUCUCAAGGGUGGUUACUAG